AUGAGUGCGCGUCUUUUCCUUGAAUUACUUGCCAUCGCAACCAUCAAGAUCAGCUUCUGCUAUGGAAGCUAUGUCGGUUGCAUUGAGAAUGAGAGACAAGCCCUUUUGAGGUUCAAGCAAGAUCUCAAAGAUCCUUCCAACAGGCUUGUCUCUUGGAGAUCUCGGGAUGGAGAUUGUUGUACCUGGGAUGGUGUUGUCUGCGACAAUUUUACCGGCCAUGUCCUGGAGCUCCAUCUUGGAAAUCCUAUCGAAUUAUAUUCUCACGGUUCAGAGGUCAGCUACAGAGUUGAAUCAAUGUUGAAAGAUUCUGCCAAAGCCUAUGAUGCUUAUGAGAGGGCAAAGUUGUCUGGUAAGAUAAAUCCCUCUCUACUUAAUUUGAAGCAUUUGGUUUUCUUGGACUUGAGCAAUAAUAAUUUUGAUGAAGAAAUUCAGGUUCCUAGAUUUCUUGGUUCAAUGGGGAAUCUAAGAUACCUUGACCUUUCUGGUGUUGGAUUUCGGGGAAGUGUUCCUCACGACCUUGGAAAUCUCUCUAAUCUGCAAUAUCUUUACCUUGGUAUUAAUCGCUUGCAUGCUGAGAAUUUGGGGUGGUUAUCUGGUCUUUCUUUUCUGAAGCACCUUGAUUUGAGCCUUAUGGAUCUCUACGAAGUGUCUGAUUGGCUAUCAGUGAUUAACGCACUCCCUUCUUUGAUGGAGUUAAAAUUAUCUUUUUGUAGCCUAUUUCAACUUACCCCAGUGCCCCUUGCAAAUUUGUCAUCUCUUACCACACUUGAUCUUUCAUUUAACCAUAAUCCUAACAAUUUGAUAUUUGGUUGGGUUUCUGGUCUUCGUAAUUUAGUCUUUCUCGAUUUAAGUGAAAAUCAAUUCAAAGGAUCACUUCCUCAUGAACUUCAAAAUUUGACAUCCCUUAAACAUCUUGAUUUAUCUUCCAACCAACUCAAUUCUUCAAUACCGGACUGGUUGUAUAGAAAUAGUCAUCUCGAGUUCCUUUCUCUUGGGGGAAAUAACUUGGAAGGUACAAUUUCAGGUGCUUUAGGAAACUUGACUUCUCUCGCAAGCCUUGAUGUUUCCUCCAAUAAACUUGAAGGAAACAUAAGCAGGUCAUGGGAGAGACUGUGCAAUUUGAAUGCAAUUGACUUGUUUGAUGUCAAAUUGAGUCAAGAGAUACGUGAAGUCUUAAACAUUUUCUCAGGAUGCGUUUCAGGGGUUUUGGAAUAUCUGAAUUUAGAGAACACAAAUCUUUUUGGUCGUUUGACUGAACAACUUGGGCAGUUUAAAAAUCUAAAAUAUCUUGAUCUCAAAUACAACUCCCUUUCUGGAUCUGUUCCCGUGAGUAUUGGAGAACUUUCGUUUCUGAGAUUUUUAGAUCUUUCAAAUAACAAGUUGGAAGGAGUAGUCUCUGAAAUUCAUUUCGCCAAUUUGACGAGACUAUUAUCUUUUGGCAUCUUUGGUAACUCAUUGAUGUUGAAAGUCAGUCCUGAUUGGAUUCCUCCAUUUCAGAUCAGACGUCUGGUGUUAGGAUAUUGUCAUUUAGGGCCAUCAUUUCCAUUGUGGCUUCAUUCACAGAAAUAUCUAGUUAGUUUGGACAUAUCCAACUCAGGAAUUGUGGAUAAAAUUCCGAAUUGGUUUUGGACAUCUGAUUUUCGAAUACCUUAUUUAAAUCUCUCUCAUAACCAAAUCUAUGGAGAGAUUCCAAAUUUGACUGAGGCUCAUCGAUAUGUUGACUUGAGUUCAAAUAAUUUAUCAGGUUUAUUACCUCUUGUGUCCUCUAACAUGACUCUGCUUGACCUUUCCAACAAUGCUUUGUCAGGUUCCAUUUUUCAUUUUUCGUGUCACGAAAGAAACGAGUCAAAGGAAAUGAAAAUUCUCAAACUUAAAGAUAAUCUUUUAUCCGGAGAAUUACCAGAUUGUUGGAUGAAUUGGCAAGCAUUGAGAAUGUUGAAUUUAGAUAACAAUAAUUUUACUGGUAAUCUUCCAUCUUCUAUUGGAUCAUUAAGUUUGCUUCAGUCAUUGCACCUUCGGAAAAACAACCUCUCGGGGAUACUUCCAACGUCAAUUAAAAAUUGUACCAGUUUAAUGACAUUUGAUGUUGCUGAAAACUGGUUUGUUGGAAAUAUACCGAUAUGGAUAGGACAAGAACUUUCAUAUAUGGUAAUGCUUAACCUUCGAUCAAAUAAGUUUGAUGGUCAUUUACCAACAGAACUUUGCUAUCUGACUUUUCUACAUGUCUUGGACCUUGCUUACAACAAUCUCUCUAGAACCAUUCCAAGUUGUAUUAAGAACCUCAGUGCCAUGGUGUCAAUUUACUAUGAUGAAGCGAACUAUAUUUCCUACGGGUCCGAAGCCUCGAGCUUCUUUGAAAUAGUGUACUGUGAGGACGCAGUUCUUGUGACGAAAGGAAAAGCUAUUGAAUAUAAUAAUAUUCUCAAUUUGGUGAGAAGUAUAGACCUUUCUGGCAACAUCUUCUCAGGAGUGAUUGCGAAUGAAGUAACAAAUCUUAAAGCAUUACAAUCAUUGAAUUUGUCUUACAAUUCAUUCAGUGGAAGAAUUCCUGAAACUAUCGGUGCUAUGACCUCAUUAGAAUCUCUUGAUUUCUCUGCAAACCAACUCACAGGUGAAAUUCCACAAGUCAUUUCAGGUUUGACAUUUUUGAGUCACUUGAACUUGUCUAACAACAACUUGACCGGAAAAAUUCCUACGGGCACUCAAUUACAAAGCUUUGAUGCUUCUAGUUUUGUUGGCAAUGACCUUUGUGGAUCUCCACUUCCUAAGAAUUGCACUAGUAUUGUUUUAACUCCAGCCCAUGACCAUAGCGGAAGGAAAAAUGGUAAUGAGCAUGAAGUGAAUUGGUUCUAUGUAGGCAUGGCACUUGGAUUUGUGGUUGGCUUUUGGAGCAUAAUAGGUCCAUUACUUGUGAACAGAAGAUGGAGAUACCUUUACCUUUUCCGAGCUGGAUAUGGGGGAAAUGUUCCUCACAACAUUGGAAAUAUUCUCUCCAAUCUGCAAUAUCUUGACCUUGGUAAUAAUUCAAAUAUACGUGCUGAGAAUUUGGGUUGGCUGUCUGGUCUUUCUCUGCUGAAAUACUUUGAUUUGAGCUUUAUGGUAUCAAGAAGUCUCUGA